AUGUUAUAUGCUCGUGUUACUGCAGAAGGUUCUUGGGAGGUCCGAAAGGUUGAGUUGAAUCAUGUGCAUGAGGUGAACCCUGAUUUGUCUAAAUUAGUCAAAGAAUACCGUAUGAAGAAUUACACCGCUACAUUGAGGAGGAGGUGCCUUAACUAUUAUGAAGUAGGGGUUCCUGUUAAAAAGAUCCAUGGUUGCUUAGCUGUGGAUAAAGGCGGUGUUGAAAACAUGCCAAAUGUUAAGGACCUCCAACAUGAGGUGUACAAGGAGAGGAGGCUUAAAAUGCAAGGUGGAGAUGCUGCAGCCAUGAUGAGGUACUUUCAAUACAUGCAACGGGACAACCAAAAUUUUUAUCAUGCUAUUCGGUUAGAUGAAGAGGGUCGAUUGAAAGACGUUAUGUGGGUUGAUGCUCGUAGCCGUGUUGCUUAUGAGGAAUUGGGUGAUGCGGUUUGCUUUGAUGCAACGUACUUGACGAACGAGUAUGAGUUGCCGUUUGCUAAUUUUGUGGGGGUCAACCAUCACAGUCAAUCCAUCCUGCUUGGAUGUUCUCUUGUUUCUCAUGAAACCACAGAGACUUAUACAUGGGUGUUUGAGCAGUGGUUGUUGGCCAUGAACAAUAAACCACCCCGAGAAAUACUCACUGAUCAAGCACCUGCAAUGCGUAGAGCAUUGGCUAAAGUUAUGCCUGGUUCUAGGCACAGAUGUUACCAUGAUUUCAAAAAUCCCUUGAAGGCCGUCAUAUACGAGAGCUUUACGACGGAAGAGUUUGAAAGUAGUUGGUGUUCUUUAAUGAAAGAGUAUGACCUUGAGGGAAAUGAUUGGUUGGAGGGUUUGUAUGAUGAGAGGCACAUGUGGGUGCCAACCUUCAUGAAAGAUUAUUUUUGGGCAGGUAUGAAGACCACCCAACGGGUGGAAAGCAUCAAUAGUUUUUUCGAUGGAUUUGUUACAAGGAAAACCAAAUUAUUUGAGUUUCCGCAACAGUAUUGCAAAGCUAUGGAGAAGCGUGUCGAAGAUGAAACAACUGCAGAUGAAAAGGGGAUGAAGUAUGUGAGGAGGCUAGUUAGUGGUUUUUGGCUUGAAGAGUUAUUCCAAAAACUGUAUACCGAUGCAAAAUUUCAAGAAGUGCAACAGGAGUGCGCACACAUGUUGUACGUUGUUCAUCACUUUCAUCGACAAAUAGAUGAAACUAAUUGGGAGUAUGUGAUGGAGGAUAGGGUCUGGAUUGUUCCCGAGGGUUGUAGCGAGGAAAAACUAACGGAGAUGAGAAGGUUGUACUCUGUGACAUUUAAUUCUGCCACCAAAGAAGUAAAAUGUGACUGUUUCAAGUUUGAAACAUUUGGCAUCCUUUGCAAACACUGCAUUCGUGUACUUGAUCAAAAUUACGUCAAUGAUUUUCCUAAGAAGUACAUCAUUGAUCGGUGGAGGAAAGACUUGCCAAGGAAUCAUGUCCGGGUCAUAGUGCCAUAUCAUGACCCCACCAAAAGUAUUGAAGUGAAGAGGUUCAACUUGAUGUUGUCUGAGUAUGAGGCCUUGUUUGACGAUGCAGCUACGGCCGAUGAUGCAACACUUGAAAUUGUUAUGAACAAUUUAGCUAAGUUAAAAAGUGAUGUUAAGGAAAGCAGGGAGAAGUUUAGGAACAAACAAUUAAUUGACUGUUUGGAAUUACCUCCACCUUCUAAAAUUGGAUCCAACAGUCAACGGAAACAACAUGGUAGUACUCCUACAUCAGAUUUCGUGAUAGGGCAUCAGGCUGCUGGAUCAGAUUUCCCUUCGUUGAUGGGGGUAUGUUUUCAGUUCAACAACACCAAUAUUGUGAAGGAUCCAAAGUCUUUGAAGAGGCCAAGGGGUCGUCCUAAGGGAAGUAGGAACAAGUCGUUGGCAGAGGCAGGUUUCAAGUUGCCUAAAUGUAAAUCGGGUGCUACCAACAAAAAUGUUUCACGUGGACAUGAAGUUCCAAAUGUGCUUCCCAAGAAUCAAGUCAGAAACAAAAAAUGCGGUAAGAGGUGUAACGGAGGCAAGGCUGCUAGAGCCAGUAAUGGAAACAGAAAGCGCGCAACAAAUGAUGGUGAUACUGUCGUGAAAAGGAAACGAUAUAAACGUGUGCUUGAAGUGUCAUCUCCAACCCAUUCAUUUGAGUUCUGA